AUCAACGGUCUGCUCGUCGGUGCUUGGUUCGCGGUGAUCGAUAUGCGAUGGUCCCGGAAGAAGAAGGUGUAUCGAUAAGAAGGGAUAUAGAUAUAUGAAUCUCGAAGGGGUCACGAAGGGAUCAAUGAAGAGAUCUAGAUGCGAGGUAAGAGAGAAAGGGAGGAAUGAAGAAUAUGCAGCAGCAUCGUUUAUCCAACGGGCGAACGGCCUCCCUAUAUAUAAAUGCAGAAACGGGCAGUUCAGCCACCACCCCCUUCGCUCCUCCAACAACGGCUCCGUGUCACCAGCACCGGCAUCGCGUUGGAGAAAAAAAGACGGACGGAGAGGGAAAAAAAGGGAAAGAAAGAGCGGAGCGAGGGGAACGCGGCCCAGACCUUGGGGUCGGUCCUGCAUAGCCGUUCAUCAACCACGAAAUAUACAACACAGACAGACAGACAAGACAAGACACUUAGCUACCUGCCUACCUGGCCUUACCAUCGACCAACGCCGAAUGCAAAGAAAUAAAAAUAAAUAAUCAGAAAUAAAAGAGAUAACUAGACCAAAAAAAAGAAACUAAGGUACCUUACCCAUAUCAUCCAUCGGGCAAUCAAUCAAUCCUCCCCAUGUUCACAAACCACCUCCCUCCCCCCUCUCACCCUCACCC